AUAGGUUGAGGGGUCUUAUUAAAAUGGACGUGUAAUUCUUCGCAGCCAAUUUAAAAUGACCUUCUUGGAAGAACACUUUCUACGCCAAUAAGUGCUCUUCUGAAUUUGGUAAUAUUAUCGUCGUUUUAUCAGUGGCUACUUGGUAGUACGAUAAAGUUUCGAUAAAAAUGUGAAGUUAAGUUAAUUUUACAAAUUAUCUAGUGCAUUUUUGGUUUUGGAAGUUGGAAAUUGUAGUUUUUUAGUGUUUUGAUACGUUGGAUUGUUAUUUAUUGUUCAAAAUGCGUGAAAUAGUCCACGUACAAGCAGGACAGUGCGGCAACCAAAUUGGUACCAAGUUCUGGGAGGUGAUAUCAGAUGAGCAUGGCAUAGACCCGACCGGCCAUUACAAGGGCGUCAGUGAGUUGCAAAGAGAGAGACUCAACGUCUACUACAAUGAGGCCGCUGGAGAGCGAUAUGUGCCCCGAGCAGUUCUGGUGGACUUGGAGCCUGGGACCAUGGACUCAGUACGAGCGGGGCCUUAUGGACAACUGUUCAGACCAGACAACUUUGUGUUUGGCCAGAGUGGAGCCGGCAACAACUGGGCUAAAGGCCACUACACUGAAGGCGCGGAGCUGGUGGACUCAGUUCAAGAUGUCAUCCGGAAGGAAUCGGAAGGAUGCGACUGUCUCCAAGGGUUCCAACUGACUCACUCCCUGGGAGGAGGUACUGGCUCCGGUCUGGGGACGCUACUCCUCAGCAAGAUCAGAGAGGAGUUCCCUGAUAGAAUCAUGUGCACUUUUAGUGUCGUGCCUUCGCCUAAGGUUAGCGAAGUGGUCUUGGAGCCCUACAACGCGACGCUCUCGGUGCACCAACUGGUGGAGAACACCGACAUGUCCUUCUGUAUCGACAACGAAGCGUUGUACAACAUCUGCUUCAGAACGCUCCGCUUGAGCAGCCCUAGCUACGGGGAUCUGAACCAUUUGAUAUCGCAUACGAUGUCCGGUGUGACCACAUGUUUCCGUUUCCCGGGACAACUGAACGCGGACCUGCGCAAGCUUGCUGUCAACAUGGUGCCCUUCCCACGGCUCCACUUCUUCAUGCCAGGGUUUGCGCCGCUCACUGCAAGGAACUCCUUCAACUACCGUCCACAGAACGUGUCUGAGCUGAUGAGUCAAAUGUUCAACCCUGGUAACAUGAUGACGGCUUGCGACCCUCGCCACGGCAGGUACCUGACCGUGGCCACCAUCUUCCGAGGCCGCAUGUCCAUGAGAGAAGUGGACGACCAAGUACUGGCUAUACAGAAUAAGAACUCCAGUUACUUCGUAGAAUGGAUCCCGAAUAACCUCAAAGUGGCGGUGUGCGACGUCCCUCCACGCGGACUCAAGAUGUCCGCCACCUUCAUCGGCAACACCACCGCCAUACAGGAGAUAUUCAAACGCAUCUCUGAACAGUUCACUGCCAUGUUUAGGAGACGGGCUUUCCUCCACUGGUACACAGGAGAAGGCAUGGACGAGAUGGAGUUCACGGAAGCUGCGAGCAACAUGGCUGACCUCAUCUCCGAGUACCAGCAGUAUCAGGAAGCUAACGUGGACGACGACGAAGAAUUUGACGAGGAAGAAGAAGAAGAACCAGCGGAAUUGGAGAAGGACGUCCACAUGCCGCUCUAAUGUCAUUUGUCACAUUUGCCGUCACGUAAACACCUUGAAAUACCUCUGUAGUGUAAUUGUUGCACAUGUCAUCACGUAAACACACCUCUGACUUUGACAUGUCACUCUAGUGACAUUGUCACACCCGCUGUCACAUAAGCAGACAUCCUGACAUGCCAUUUUAAUGUCACACAAGAUUGUUGUUGUUUUGUUUGACUGUCUUAGUACCACUAAAUCUGUUGGAAAAUCCUGUGUUAAGAACUCGGACAUCCAUACUCCCUUUCGGGUAUACGCGUCUGACAAGUUUACAUAAUUCUUUGUCUGAGGUUCAGAAUAACUUGUAAAGAAUAUUGGAUUAAAGUAUUAUUUUGAUAAUCGAAUCGAAAAUAAGACAAUAAUAUGGCGAAAGGUCAUUCCUAUUUUAAGUUUGAACGCAAUAUAAUUAUGUAAAUUCUGGUUGACCAUGUAGACUUAUGUCUGAUAAAGGUCAACAAUUAGUGCACACUAUUAUGUCCCGCUCGAUUGGCUCAGACCUCAGCCCUACCGUUAUCAACACACGAAUCGUGUGCGGAUAGGCCAGUGUUCCGGUAGUAGUAGGUAAUUUAUUCAGUUCGCAUGUACAGUGACGGGGUUGUGUCAAUGGUCUGUGCCGCCGCGCAUUGGUUCGUCAGUCAAUCUUUCACUUCGCUAGCUGUAGGAAAGAAUACUGCAACCAUGUGUAGUGCAUACAUUUUGAGAUCUUGCUCGCCAUUAUAGCUGUAAAUGUAUGCACUAUGCCCGUGCGCAUCUUCAUUGUCGAACAGAGGUAUUUUUACGUGGCACUUUACUGUAUUUUGUAGUUUGUUUUGUUUGAACUUGAUGAUUAUAUUGAUUUUUACUUGUUUAUUAAUGCUGAUUAUGAUUAUUAUUAAUGAUUGAUAAAUAAUUUGUUGAAAGGUCUUAGCAUAUAGUAACGGGUAUUUUACUAAGUGAUUUGUUACUUGGAUAUAA